UGAAUGCUUAGUAUCCAUGGCAGGUGACAACACAGGGGAUGGAUUCAUUGCAUCUCUUGUUACAGACGAUCCGUAUAAAGCAGCUGUUUUAAAAAAUUUUUUUAUAAAUAUUGCAAGUAACAUUUUUCAACUACUGCAAUCAGUGAGCAGCUCUGUGUAACCAGGGUAAGUGAGUUUUGUCCCUUUUGAUUUUCCUAUGUAAAUAUAACUGCUCUGAUGAUGGUCCUAGUUUGCAUCAUUAGGAGCAUCCUGUAGCAUCUACAUCUACGUGCAUGUAUUAUGUCAACCUACCUGCAGAUUCCAUGCAGUUGCUUCUGCUUUGAUGGACAGUAUUAUACUAUCAGUGACAAAUCAUUUGUUGUAUUGUUAAUGCUUGUAGUAUGAUUUUCUCUAUUUUCUUUGUUCCAAAGUUAUAAUCUAUGCACAGAGGGAUCAAUAGUAUUUUAGCCAUCAAGCACAGAUUAUGUUUAGUAAAGAGAGGCAGGUUUGAUAAAGCACAGUUUUGCAAUAUAAUAUGUGUUAACCUUGAUACAUUGGAUGUCUACAUUUUCCUACAACUCUCAUUUAGACUUUACAUUAUUCAGUUCCUAUAGAGAGUUAAAAUGUCUCCCCAUUUUGUCUUAUUGGUAGCAAAGGGUUUGUUGUAAGACAGCUUAUAUAUUUUUUCUUUUAUAUACUUUUCAAUAUCAAUGGGUGUGUAAUUCAAUGUAGGCAGUGAUAGGUUUUUCCGAGUGACAAGGGGACAAAUACACCGAGGCCACUCAUAUUCUGGGCCAGCGGGUCAUGGCGCCCACACAACCCCAAUACUAAGUUUGCUUGGCUUAUUGUGUCCUGUAAAUCUGCAAGUGUUUUUUUAUUUUUUUUACCGAAACCAUGGUAGGAAUAUGCAGCUGUUCUAAGCUGCCCUUGGCCAGUACUGUGGGGCUUUUUAAUGUUAGCUGGGUAGUGGUACAAUUUGCCCUUCUUGUUUUCCUAAAGAAGGAAGAUGAGGGCCAAAAGUCUUUAUUUGUGUGGGACUUCCACUAGUGCAAGGAUGUUGGUUACAGUCAGUGGCUGUCCUGUCCUGUUAACUCCUAGAAUUUAAGGUUAGGUAACCUUCGGCACUCCAAAUGUUGUGGAUGCCUUACCAGCUGUAAGAUCAUUACGGGAUGUGUAGUACACUAUGUCUGGAGUACUGAAGGUUUCCUAAACUGUCCUAGAUAUAUCUCAGUAUCAAUCUGUUUUGGCUUAACUUCAGAACCUGAUUACUUGUCCUGAGCAGGAUCUCCUGCAUGAGAUCUCCAUGUCCAGGUCCAAAAUAAGAACUGUUGUAGACCGUGCUCCAAUGUACAGACUACACACCAAAAAGCGUACUAGUGUACACCAAAAAGGUGUGAGCUCAACUUCACGACCACACAAUCCGAAAGCCAAAAGACUAGAAAUUUAGAACUUGUUAAUAUUAACCUUCAAAAUUCUGUUGAUUGAAGAGCCACAAAAGCUUUUUAGAACAAAUCAAACAUAGCAGUUUAUCUUGAAGAGUGACGUAUACUACAGCAGUACCACCACAAUAAUAAUAUAAAUAAGAACAUUAGAACAGAACACAGCCAAAUGAUUUUCCUGCACACAGGCAGUUAAAAAUGUGUGGAGGUAAUGGUAAUAAUACAUCCAAACUAAAUGCAAAAUUAAAAAAUAAUAAACGAGAGUAUCUGAAAAUUAGUGAAAAACAGGAGUGCUAUCUUCACAGAAGUUGGACCCCUGCAAAGAAAUGGGACCCAUGCAAAGAUGUCUAUGUAAAGGACAAACAUUACACCUAUUCAACUUCCACACUUUGUUUUUUGUAUUCAAACAUAAAAGUUGUGCUGUCAUAUCUAAAAUUAUUAUUGUUAAUAUUGGAAUUUAUAUUGCGCCAACAUAUUCCGUAGCGCUUUACAAUAUUAUACAGGAGGGGAUUUAACAGUAAAGGAGACAAUUACAAAAUAUUACAGGAACAAUAGAUUGACAAGGACCCUGCUCAAAUUUUAGAAAUGUUUGCCACAGAGGCACACCACUCGUAGUCUGCUUGUGACUUGGUUUUGGGAGUGAAAUGGUUAAAAUUCACUAUUUGUGUGCUAAAUAGCUGCCACCGCCAAGUCAAUUUUAAAUGGAGAGCCUUCUGUUGCUCCAAAAAAUACAGAUUUAAACAAACAAACAAACAAACAAACAGAAAACACAAUUUUGCUGAAUAUCUACAUUAAAGGACCACUAUAGUCACCCAGACCACUUCAGCUUAAUUAAGUGGUCUGGGUGCCAGGUCCAUCUAGGUUUAACCCUGCCUGCUGUAAACAUAGCCGUUUCUGAGAAACGGCUAUGUUUACAUUAGGGUUAAUCCAGCCUCUAGUGGCUGUUUCACUGACAGCCGCUAGAGGCGCUUCUGCGCUUCUCACUGUGAUUUUCACAGUGAGAAGACACCAGCAUCCAUAGGAAAGCAUUAAGAAUGCUUUCCUAUGGACUGACUGAAUGUGCGCACAUGCGCAUUCAGCUCAUGACGUCCGAAGGAGGAGGAGAGUCCACAGCGCCGAGGGAGCCCGGCGCUGGAGAAAGGUAAGAUUUUAACCCCUUCCUCCCACUUCAGCCCGGCAGGUGGGGUGGACCUAUUAACACUAUAGCACAAAUUCGUUUUCCUGGCACUGUGGUGGUCCUUUAACAAAUAUAUUAUUACAUAAGUAUCUUUAGGUUUAUAAAUCAAGAUACUAGAGCCCAAAGACAGAAUUGUAUUACUAAUAUUGUAAUAACAAAAUACAAUGAAAAUGAAAAGGCUUCUCCAAGCACCAUGACCACUUAAGUGACUUGCAGUGGUCAUGGUACCUGGAGUCUGUAUGUGCAGCAUUUCGAUAUGAACCACUGCACAUGCAGAAUUGAACUUGUUUGUCAAUCAGAGAAGAGAUCUCUAAUUUCUCUCUUUCCCAUACCAAUACAUCACCCAACCCCAAUCCCUCCACCAUUCUAUACUCAUUCGCACCUGCGAAAGAGGUUUCUGCUCUGCUCUGGUCCUCCCGCCCUACCACCUGUUCCCUCGAUCCUAUUCCCUCAUAUCUCAUCCGCACUUUGUCUCCCUCUCUUGCUCUUCAUCUCACUAAAAUUUUCAAUCUCUCCUUUUCCUCUGGCACAUUUCCCUCACCCUUCAAACAUGCAACUGUAACCCCGAUUCUUAAAAAAAGCCCAACCUUGACCCCAACUCACCAUCCAACUACCACCCUAUCUCGCUACUGCCAUUUGUCUCCCAGAUUCUAAGGAGAGUUGUGUACAUCAGAUUGACUGACUUUCUCGAAUCCAACUCUCUGCUUGACACCCUUCAGUCUGGAUUCCAUGCUGGUUAUUCUGUUGAAACGGCUGUAAUUAAAGUAUCCAACGAUUUAUUUGCUGGUAAAUCUCGCGGCCGUUACUCUACCCUAAUUCUCCCUGAUCUUUCUGCUGCCUUUGACACUGUUGAUCAUCAACAGCGUCUUCGCAUUCUCCGUAAUUUUGGUCUACCGGAUACUGCUCUCUCCUGGUGCGCCUCCUGCCUUUCCCAGUGCUCUUUCAGUGUUUCUUUCUCUGACUCUGCCUCUUCCCCCCCAACCACUCUCUGUCGGCGUCCCCCAAGGUUCUGUCCAUGUUCCCCUACUGUUCUCUAUCUAUACUGUCUCCCUUGGUAAACUCAUCAGCUCCUUUCUCUUCCGUUAUCAUUUCUAUGCGGAUGACACGCAAAUCUACCAGUACUGUCCUGAUCUCUCUCCACCCAUCUUGACUGCCUCUCUGUGAUUUCCAACUGGAUGGCUGCUCACUUCCUUAAACUCAACCUGUCCAAAACAGAACUUCUGGUCUUUCCUCCCUCAAGUGUUGCUACUCCCGUGUCUGUCUCCCUUCAAGUCAACUGUGCUACCUUUACCUCUACCUCGCAGGCUUGCUGCCUGGGUGAUCUUUUUGACUCCAACCUCUCCUUCACCCCUCAUGUCCAAUCAAACACCAAAUCCUGUUGCUCCCAUCUCAAAAACAUAGCGCACAUACGCUCCUAUUUAAUACCGGAUGCGGCUAAGGUGCUGGUCCAUGCUCUUGUUUUUUCUUGCCUUGACUACUGCAAUCCCCUUCUCAGUGGUCUUAUUUGUUCCCAGCUUGCAUCGCUGCAAUCUUUAAUCAAUGCGGUGGAGAGGCUCAUUUUUCUGUCUGCUUGCACCUCCCAUGCCUCCCCGCUCUGUCAGUCCCUGCACUGGUCUCCAGUUAGAUAUAGGGUUCAAUUUGAAAUUCUAGUGCUUGCUUACAAGUCCCUACAUAAUGCUGCUCCAACCUACCUAUUCUCCCUAAUACACAGGUAUGUCCCCUCGAGGCCCCUGCGCUCUGCCAAAGACCUAUGUCUAUCCUCUGUCCGUACUCCCACCUCUGAUGCUCGUCUCCAAGACUUCUUCAGGGCUGCACCUCUUCUGUGGAAAUCCCUUCUCCGUAAGACUUUCACCCAGUCUCCACUCAUUCAAAAAAUCAUUGAAAACUCACUUCUUCAAGAAAUCAUAUCAAUUAAACUGUUAGCAGGUUGUUAUCCCCCACCCCCCAUGACUCCUCUCCUGCAACUGUCAAAAAAUCCUACGUCGUACCCCUACUUUUACCCUUUGUGUCACUAUACCCCAUUCCCUCUAGAAUGUAAGCUCAUUGAGCAGGGCCCUCAACCCCUCUGUUCCUAUAUGUUACAAUUACAUGUCAGUCCACCCAAUGUACAGAGCUACGGAAUCUGAUGGCACUAUAUAAAUAAUAAAAUAAUAAUUAAAUAAUAAUCCAGCUGUGAUCAAGAGAUCCAUGCUGUGUAAUGUAAAUUCUGCACAUAUUGGAUGUCUGACAUCAGCUUGCAUGCUGCCACCAAGCAUCCAGUGGACACCUUUUUAAAGUUGAAGGGGGGUAGGAUAGAAAUGUUUACACUUUUUUUUUUUUGCUGGUUUUUAAUUAAAGUUACCCUUUAAAUAAUCAGUUUUUUGAUACCUCUGCAAUAAUCUUUCUUUGGACUGUCUGAAUGAGUAUUUCCUUUACACCCAUUUAAAAGGCUUUCAAAUCAUUACUGCUUCACGGUGUUAUGAACCUUUUCUUAUCAGUAUAUUCCAGUGAUAAUUAAAGCCUUUCAAUGGACUUAUUCAAUGGAAACAUAUUUCUUAAAAAAAAAAAAAAAUUAUAUUGGAGAUACGUUAAAUAGAUUUAGAGGUUUAUUUAUAACAAAAAGUGAAACGAAUAAAGCUGCCAAAUGAUACAUUUUAAUGACACUAUUUUUGCAUUAACUUUGUAAAUUGUCAUUGUUUAGUUAAUAUUUUAUUACUUGAUGCCCAGAUCAUGGUUCAGUGAAAGUGUAAAAUUACUAUUAUCCAAUCUUAAAUUGCCAUGUUCUACAUGUAGUUUUACAUUCACACAGCAUCCAGACUGCUUUAUCUCAAUAAAACGGUCUGGAUGCCAUGUCCCACUUGUUUGGACCCUGCAGCUGAAAAUCUUGCUGUUCUGCAUGAGUGGCAAGGUUUUCAUUGCAGGUUUUAAAUGCUUCUAGUGGCUGUCACUCACACAACCACUAGAGGCGCUUCUGAUGAAAUAGUCAAGUAACACUCUGCUAUUUCUAUCAGAUGGUCUCAGAGACCGAGCAUGCGCAAUAGCCUCCCAAUGCUUUCCUACGGGAAAGCAUUUGAUUAGCUGAAAUAAUUGAUUUUGAUGGUCUUAGCCAAGGAAGCAGGUCUAGCCGUAGAGACAUGGUAAGUAACAUACUUUUUUUUUUAAGCCCGCAGGUGACCUAAACAGUCACCAGGGAACUAUAGUGGUGGGAAUACACAUUUGUUUUCCUAAUGCUACAGAGUUCCUUGUUAAUUGUUGAUACCUGUCAUGCAUUGUGGUGACCUUUUCCAUUAUAGAGCGCUUGUUGGCUACGUUCAGGGCACCUUGCCAUAUCACAUCACCUCCCAGCUAAUCCUCCGGUUCACAUCCAGUGUAGUCCACUUGCUGUGCAUUACAGACAGCUCUUGCUGCUGUUUGUCUGUCUUUCCAUUACAAACCUUGUCAGUAUCUUCGGUGAGUCAUGGCAAAGUGUUUCUCGUACUACUUGCUCUAUUAUAUAAUAAUGCCUGUCCAUGUCAACCAAACAUGUGCCAACUCUUUCAAUAUUGCCCCUUUGGUAGCCAUUCGGCUGGAUUUAUCAAUCCUGCACAAUGGAAGGCUCACUCCGUUUUCACAGUUCUUGCACUUAAAGGGACACCAAAACAACUCACUACACAAUUCUUGACAUUUAGAAGUUAAAUAACUUUGUUUAUGCAGCCCUAGUCACACCUCUCUGCAUGUGACUUACAUGGCAUCCCUAAACACUUCCUGUAAAGAGACAUCUAAUGUUUGCACUUACUUUAUUGCACAUUCUGUUUAAUUUAAAAUGUAUCUCCUGCUCUGUCAUUAGCCUUCUACAGUCUGCAGGAGCCCAACUGUAUGUGAUUAAAUUAUAUUUGCAAAGCAGGCGAUAAACACUUACAAAGCAAGUUAACAUCUGAUUAAAAAUAAAAUCUUUUUUUUAAUGCUGGCUGUAUCAGUCACUGCCAGUGGAGGUAUGGCUAGGGCUGCAUAAACACAAACAAAAUUUAUUUAACCCUUAAAUGGCAGAGAAUUGGGCAGUGAAACUUCAGAGGCAUGGUCUAUACACCAAAACUGCUACAUUAAGCUAAAGUUGUUUUGGUGACUAUAGUGUACCUUUUAAGUGCAUCUAAGGGGAUCAUAGUACGCACCAUUGUACACACUUCAGUGGACUGAAGUGGUUAUAGUGCCUUGAGUCAAAGGACAUUGGCCCCAAAUUAAUACGCAUAUUAAUAUUGCAUUAAUACGAAUAUUCAGUUUAUUUCAUAUACCAUAUUUGCAUGUUUGCAUGGUUUUGUUUUUUUAUCAUCAUUGAAUCUGUCAAAUGAUUUACUCUUUCACGAUACCUACAAUAUCCAACAGAUCACCUGUCCAUAACAUUUCAGAGGAUGUGUAAGAUUUACACAGUUUGAGAAUUUCAUUGUAAAGUUACAAAUUAUAUCAAAAUUAAAGCAUAGCUCUUGGCAACAUUUUUAUUCAUAAUAUUAAAAAGUUCUACACAACCGGCUAUUGGACCAGAGGGAAUAUCAAACAAUCUUAGAAUUUCAACCCUUUUAUUAAGAGUAUUUGGUUUAUAUCUGGAGGCUAAAUCUUUGUUGGUACACAAUAGAACAGAUUUUCUAAACUGUGCGAAAGACCUGGGAGAAAACAAGACAUGAAUAACAAGAAUAUUGUCAGGGGAAAAUAAACAUCUGCUUUUGUUAAUCCCUCUUCAAUGUUCUGUGUGAAACAUCAACUGCUUCCUUCUACAAAAUGAUUUCAGCGUCUAGUAAUAUUAAACUAGUGUACGUAUAUUGGAAAACUGUUUUGAGAUUAGCUGCUGAGAAUCACCAUAUAAUUUUUCAAACUCGCUACAAAAGCAUGAUCUUUAUUUACUGUAACAGCAAUUUAUUGGGGGAAAAAUACAUAUGAUAGUGGUUUCAGUUUUUGUCAAUUCAAUAGCAUUUCGUAAAUUUAGAAUUUAAACUGUUGUCUUGGUUUAAUAUAUGUGAAGCCUCAGAGAAAAAGCCAGUGGUUGGGUUUUAGCAGGAAACACAUAUUAAACAUGGUGAUUUAUUUCCACUUAGGAUUCAAGUACCCUCUUCUGCCCUGCUCAAAGCACAAUAAGAUAACAAGUGGAUGGACCGAUCAGAGGAGUAGAAUAGAUAUAUUCAAAUAGGUCCAUAUUUGGAAAGCAUUCUGUACUGUUUUGUAGUACUGUUACUUUUCCCUGUUCAUUAAUAGAAAAUAAAUUUUGCUUGAAUUUGUUUGUAAUUGAGUGAUUCGGGGGUUGAAUUCCCAAACGCUAAGCUGAAAUAUGCCGAAAUCACGAACUAACAGAAAUGAGCAAUGGGCGAGCAUGUUCGUCUCAGAUUGUGAUCUGGAUUCCUCCCAUGGCAUUAAAAAAAGAUGAUUGAUGGCUAGGGGACAUUUACUAAAUGUUGAUUUUAUUCACAAAUCAUUUGAGAAGCGAGCAAUAAAAAAAAAAAAGAGGAACAGAAAAAAAAACUAUAUAAAUAUAUUUAAAUAUAUUCUAUUUGAAUUAAUAUAUAAAUAUACAUCUUUGUAAAAUAUUUUUUUACUUGAUCUUUGAAUCUAAUUGCAUGCUCCUUUCAGUGUAUUGUAAUAAUGUUAUAUUAUGCAUAUAUUUUGCAGUGCACUGAUUGGUCCAUUUUCGCACCCUUUUCAUUCGAGGGAUUCUGUUUCCAAACUGGGUUUUUUGGUAUUGAAAUUCUGCUACACCAACAUUCAGCUAAAAUUCAGACAAUUUGUGUUCUCUGAAAAAUGGUCAUUAUGAAAUAUAUUUAGUGUGCAACUUUUAUUUAUUGUGAUUAUUAUUGCUGUUUUGCCUUGUUAUACACAUUAACAAAAUGGAGCUCCUGUAAUCAGUGACAAGCUUCAGAGGAAAGGAAAAACGAAUGAAAGGAAAAGAAAAAAUACCCGGGGGACAUUUAGGAAACAAUGAAUCAGGGGAAGAAAAAUAAUAUAGUGUGCAACCGGGGAUUCUUUCCCUUUGUUAUUACUCAAUUUUAUAUAAUGUGACUAUUCAAUAAAGAGAUAUUAAAAGCCCCAUAACCACUACCUACUACCUAAUUUAGUGGUUAUGGAGCCAAGAGUGCCCUGAUUCUGCUUUCCAGUGUAAAUAGCCAUACUGAUUAAAAACAGGUCCCACUGGAUGUCUGUAGCUGCCUUUCCUGCAGAGAGCUUCUAAUUAGAGUUGAGCGAACACAAACUGAAAAGUUCGGGUUUGUACCGAACAUUAGUUUUUUUGACCCCGUAUGUUCGGGUCGGAGUUCGGCGAUUUAAUGACGCGUUUUGAAAGGCCGCAGGGCAGCCAAUCAGCAAGCGUUUGACUUGUGUGCCCUUAGAAGCCCUCUCUACUAAUGGCAUGGCUGUGAUUGGCCAGUGCAGCAAGUGACUCAGCCUCUAUAGAAGCUGGUGACUUAGUAUUAGUAAAUUAUGCCCCUACUCGCUAUACCGCGAGUAGGGGCAUGUCUAUUAAACAGUGAGCAAUAAAAUAAAAAAAACAUUCCCCCCUCCUGAGCCCCCACCUGCGACGUGUGAGUGGGGUCUUUUAAAAUAAAGGGGGGGGCCUAUUCUGCUACACCAACAUUAACCCACCUGAGCGGUGGGUGGGGCAAUAAAUAAAAAUUGGGGGAGACCUAAUGUCCUCCCCCCAGCCCCCACCCCUGCGUGGCUGGUGGGGGCCCUAAAUAACAAUAAGGGGGAGGUCCUAAUGUCCUCCUCCCCGGCCCCCACCCCUGAGCGGUGGGUGGGUGCCAUAAAUAAAAACUGGGGGGGACCUAAUGUCUUCCCCCCGGCCCCCACCCCUGUGCGGAGUUUGGGGGCCCUAAAUAUCAAUAAGGGGAGGGACCUAAAGUCCUCACCCCCUGCCCCCACCCAUGCGUGGCGGAUGGAUGCCCUAAAUAGCAAUAAGGGGGGGGGAACUAAUGUCCUCCCCCCCCCUGGCCCUCACCCCUUACCUGUCAGUCUCUUCAUUUACCUGUCAGAGAACUCUGAUUGGAUGGCUUAAACCCACCAAUCAGAGUGCUCUGAGCCUAAUUGCAGGGCGGGGCAAGGCUUUAUAAGCCUUCCUUCGCCCUGCAGAGCUCAGUCUGCGCGGAGCCCCAUGGGUGAAGAUGGAUUUUUUUUUUUUGCUCUCUUUUUUUUUUGUGGUUAUUAUGGAUUUUGAUUUGGCCUUUUUUGGGGCUGAAAAAAUAAGAUUUUCAAAGAAAGAAAACAUCAAAUAGUAAGUUUUUUAUUUUAUCUUUUUUUAACAGGUACUUAGUUAAUGCCCCUUAGGGUGAGGGGGGUAGGUAGGGGUUAGCUUUUUUUUGGGAGAGAGGUGACUAGGGGUUUGGGGACCCCUAGUCACCUGGGGGGAUUUUUAUUUAUGGCCCCCACCCACCGCCUAGGGGUGGGGGCCAGGGGGAGGAUAUUAGGUCUCCCCCUUAUUGUUAUUUAGUGCCCCCACCCACCGCGCAGGGGUGGGAGCCGGGGGGAGGACAGUAGGUCCCCCCUCCACAUUUUUAUUUAGGGCCCCCACCCAUCGAACAGGGGUGGGGGCAAUAGGGUUUUUUUUUUUACAGUGAGCAGCCACUGGUUGCUCACUGUUUACUAGACACUCGAUAUACCGCGAGUAGGGGCUGAAUUUACUAAUACUAAGUAAUCUUUACUUAGUAUUAGUAAAUGUGGCUGAAAGACCAAUUUAGGUGACCAACUUAAGUCUUUCAGCCUUUUGGUAGAUAGCUCCCUAAUACCGUGUGAAUUAGGGAGUUAUCUACUAAGUGGCUGCUUAUUUUAUGUUAUUUUUAAGUGAUUUCCCUAUCCACAUUUGUUUGCAGGGCACUUGUCCUACUCUUAUCCCCAUUUUACUUGCUUUUGCAGCCCUCUAGCCCUUUCCAGGAGAUUUUUAGAGCCAUUUUGUGGCCAAAAGUUCGGGUCCCCAUUGACUUCAAUGGGGUUCGGUCCCCAAACCCGCCGGACCCGAACAUCCAGGUGUCCGCUCAACUCUACUUCAAAUGGCUCCAUUGAGCUAAGUCAUGCUGUGCAUGGCCUGCUCAUUGGCUGCAAAUAUUAUCUGAGCACUGUGUGCAGUCCUGCAUGGAACUUCCCACAAAAGGAUUCAGUGGGCAUCUGAUGGGACCCAGGUAAGUUGCCAAAUCUUACUUAAAUGGUUUGACUACAUACUCUAGGAUCAUGACUGGGAGAUCUUAGGUCAGUGCUGUAUUUAUUGGAAGGCUAAGAAGGCAUUUGCCGUGGGCGGCACUUUCCAGGUGUGGCGGCAAAAAAAUGCCGCCCCUAAACAUUCUGUCAAAUGCCUUGUUAGCCUUGUGUGAAGAGGGACCCAAGAGCUGGCCACAUGUCCACCUUAGGACACCUCCGAGGUGAACGGCUGGGUUUCUGUAUCUGUCAGUGAGUGCAUGUAUUUGUUAGGGCAUGUGUCUGUCAGUCUAAGUGCAUGUUGGUCUUAAACAGGACAGAGUGAAGCAUUGACCGGAAGGGGUGGAUCAAAUUUAGAUUAGGGGGGCGCCUGAGUUUAGUCAUAUCUAGGGCAGCAUAAAACCAAAAUACUCCACUGAUUAGGGUGUUUACGUACAUAUGCAUUUGUCAAAAAUCAACAUAUGUUUUUAGACAUCUUUAUGACCACAAUGUCUACUUAAUAAAUUGAUUUAACUCCUUUUAAUUUCCUGUUUUAAAGGAAGUGCUGGAGAGCGCCAUAGAAUUCUGGGCCUACAGUAUGUUGUUAUCUGACUGUGCUAUUGAACCUUUUUUUUUUUACCGAGGUCCCUAUUGCUUAUGGCCUUAUCCCUGAACAUAUGCAAGAGAUAUGGGCAAAGUUAUCAAAAAAGAGGAUCUGUAAAAUCAUGGCUUCAUUGAACAUCAUCCCCACUGCUUUGUGUAUUUUACUCCUCAUCUGAAAGCACUUUUACACUGGUCCACAUUGGGAAAGCAUUCUAUACUGUCCUGUAGUAUAGAAUAGUACUUAUCACUGUUCCUAAUUAGACUUGGAGAUUUGGUUUGCCUGAAUUUGUCUAUGAUUGGGUGUUUGGUUGAAUUCCCGAACUCCAAGCUGAAAUGGGCCAAAAUCACGAGCCAAGAGAAACACGCAAUGGUCGAGCAUGUUCAUCUCGGGUUGUGAUCUGGAUUCCGCUCUUGGCAUAAAAAUAGAGAUGAUUGAUGGGAAAUAAAAGAUAAUUGAUAGAUAGGGGAGAGUCACCAAAUGUACUGCAUAUAGGUGUUGUUUUUUCGUUGGGUUGAUAUGAAAGAUGAGAUGUACUUUAUUGCUGUAGGCUAUCAUGUCUGUUUAUCAACUUACUUAUUUCAUUACCACCUUUUUUGCUUCGAUUAAUAAUGUAAGUGUGAAAGCGUUUAUACAAGUGACAAUGUGUAUGGUCUGUUAGAAUUGGCACAGUUAUUUUUAAUUUGUUGUUGGCCAGACAAUGUAUAAUGGAUUCGUAUCGUAAGCUGUGGCUGUGAAUUAACAGAAUUUUACUUAUUUUUAAUUCUACAGAUGAAAGAGGGAAGCAAAUUGUGCCGAAUGCUUGUUUGUCAUUUAUUCAUAUUGUACAUGCUUGGUUGCAAUACAAAGGUGACUUUUGCUGUAUUAACAUCUCAGCCAAUAAAAAUGAAUGGAAUGGAAAAUGUGAGCAAGAAUGGUGAAGACACUAACGCUGUGCAUUCAGAACUUGUCAAAGGCUACAGUGAUCUCAGAAAUGUAUCUGCUGGUGAUGUUCAGAUGUCAUCAAAUUCUACAACUCUGCCUGGUCACCUCAUUGUCAAUGAAACGCUGCACUUUGUACUCUGUAAUACAUCAUGUCCUGAUUCAAUUAGUGAUGGUAAUCACAUCACUGAAAGACUGAGAGCAAACAUUACGAACAGAAUAAAUGUCUCGGGUGAAAACAUUGGUCCUUUGAUUGCAUCUUCACCUCAUGACUGGUCAUCACUUGAAAACAUGACUGAUGUCAACGCAAGCAGUUCAACCGUAAAUAAGGCAGGAAUAUCCAAUCAGUUAUCACACAACUCAACAUAUCAUGCAUUGUAUUAUACAUUUUUUGGAGAAGACAGUGAGCCAACGGGUACCUCUUUUUUUAUUUCUGUUUUAUUUAUCUGUGAUGUUUUUGAGUAUAAAGAGAUUUUUUUUGAUGAGUUCAGUUCUAUUUAGUAUUAACAUUUUAGCUGUUUUGCUAUUCUACUGCCAUUGCAACAAUACUUUAUGCUACAGGAUAGAUAAUUGCCAGCUGCAAUAACGCAACAAUCACAUCUCAUUAUCUGCUUUGGCAAUCUGAGUGAGGAGUAUUUAGCUAUCUGAGAACACCUACAGAUUAAUGUAGUUGUUCUGCUAAGUAUAGUCCGUCCCUGCAGGCUUUUUAUAGUAAACACUCUCUUUUCAGAGAAAAGGGUAGUUUUGGUGUUUAUAGUAAUGUUUGUAUGUAGUACUGGUAUUUCAAUGCAGGCUUUUAGCGUUUGUUUGCAUGGAUGUAUGCACAUAUACACAUACAUUGCCACACAGAUACACAUAUAUGCUGAGAUACACACACAUAUAUAAACACACAUACACACAAGAGCACACAUACAUACAGGUCAAAAUUCACAUAUUUCUAGCCACCCUCCUGUUCCCAUAUCUGUUGGGUGCAGGGUGGUGGCUUCCUGGGGGCCACUGGCCGCAGCAGGUGCUGGCUGAUGCUGCUGGGAGUCUGUGACUGGUCCAGACUCUCCCCCCCCUCGCUUUCUCUGCCUCCUACUUUCCUCACAGCGUGAAGAAAGUGUCCUGUACUCAAUUCCUCCCAGUAGUGCAGUGCCGACUGAGCCUCUGAUCAGGCCGUAGCUGCCAAUCAGGGGCACGGGGUGGCCCUAAAUGAGUGGGCCACCUGAUUUGCCACUCCAGGUUAUGGGCCCAGAGCUCCUAUUUGAAAGCUGCUAGGGGCAUCCUUAGUGACAAAUAUAACAUUGCUCUAUGUUUAGAUUUGUCAGACUGCAGCGACAGAGUCAUUUCACCAAAACCACUAUAUUAAGGUGUUGUGGUUUUGGUGCUUAGAGAGUCCCUUUGGUGCUAGCUCUGAUUAUUCUGGCACGUUUUACCCUUCACAUUUUGCCUAUAGCACAGUUUGUCCUGCCCGCUACAGUUUCCAUGUGUCAGCCACUGCAUCUCAUCUGCAAACCAUUUAUUGUGUUAAAACAUAGUCAUUAUUUUUAUACUCUGAGACCUUGUUAUGUGCCUCCAAUCCCAUUUAUUACACUUUUUUUCAUUACUGUUUAAGCUGUUUUUUUUAAAUAUACCUCUAAACAUAUUUGAACAAUCACAUUUGCCUCUAUUUGCAAUCACCUAAGUGUGACCUGAUAUAAAAACAUUUCAAAACCUGUAUACAAACAUAUAUACAUUCAGCAUUGUCAGAAAUUACCCUCUCAAUGUCAAUAAAUAAUUAGUUGAUCUUAAUUUAAAGGGGCACUCUAGUCAUCAGAACCACUACAGCUUAAUUUAGUUAUUCUGGUGUUUAUAGGCUGUCCUUGUAGGCUAUUUAAUGUAAUCAUUGCCUUUUCAGAGAAAAAGAUGUCCACUAGAGUUGCUUCCUGUGUCAAUGUUGCACAAUAUUCCCAUAUAGAUGCUUUGAUUCAAUGCAUCUCUAUGGGGAGAUGCUGAUUGGCAUAGUGCUGUGUUUUGCCGCAAUAGCUUCCCAGUGCUUUCCCAUUGGCUAAGAUCAUCAUGUUUGAUGAUCUCAGCCAUGGAGGUGGGGCCAGGCAGUGCAUGGCAGAAAAGGUGAGUAAAAUCAGUUAAUCUUUAGUUUCCAGAGAGAGGAGGGUCAGGGACCUAUCGCUGUAUUCCAGCACCUUAGUGUCAGCAAUACAUGUUUGUAUUCCUGACACUAUAGUGUUCCUUUAAGUACCAGUCUUUACCAUUUUAUUUUUACCUGUUUUCUGUAUCAUUAAUUAACCAGAAUUCUAUUCGUUAUCCAUUAUGAUUAAGAUAGCAUGCGCUGUAUGCCGGAUCAAAGUGUUUAAGCAAAGUUUAACGUUUACCCUGUGACAUUCAGUAUGUAGCCUUAUAAACAUAACGAGCUUCACACCAGGCUGGCUACUCGGUGCUGUUAUAAAUUGUCCCUAUUAGAAAUAACAGCUUUGCUUCCUUUGUGGCAUCUGGAAUGUUCAAUUACAAUUUUUACCUACCGGUGACCAAUUUAGAGCCUAGAACAGUGUGAAUCCUAGUACUAAAAUUAAUAAAUAAAUAAAUAAAAAUCUGCAAAAAAAUAAAUAAAAAAUAGAAAACAGAACAGGAACAUCCUGCCCAGAGCUUGCAAUUAUUUCUCCAGGCAAGUUAUUAUUUGUGUUACAGCAUUUGUUCUUACAUUCUUAACAAUGCAUAGAAUAAUCAAAAUCUUGUUAGUGAAACACAGUUGCUUCCAUGUAUUGUUGAAUCUCUGAUAUUUUAUAUGAGUUUAUCCAAUUAUUCUUUCUAUUUCUUUCUUUCUUUCUUUCUCUCCUUCUCUCCUUCUCUCCUUUCUUUUCUCUCUCUUUUUCUUUCUUUUCUUUCCUUUCUUUUUCUUUUCUUUCUUUUCUCCCUUUCUUUUCUCCCUUUCCUUUCUUUCUUUUUCUCCCUUUCCUUUCUUUCUUUUCUCCCUUUCCUUUUGUAACGGAGCUCCUUGUACUCCGACUGAGUACCCUCCGUUGAUGGAUGCUCCUAGCACUUCCUGAGGACUCCCAAGCACUGCAGAAGACACCACAACCACCGCAGACUCCGCAACCUCCGUAUCUUGACUGGAGUCUCGCCGUCUUCCUUUCACCCUGGAUCAGCUUCUGUCCUCCAGGACUGUGUGGUGAAGACCCCUCCUCCAAGGAGGAACAAGCUCUUAAAAGAGCUAAGUGACUCAAGCUCAGGGGAGCAUGCAGAGCAUAGCAAUCCCCAGUGUGUUUAUAACAGCUCCUUCCAAUAACGAGACAAGGCUACGUUUAGAGGGAUCAAGAAGAACUGAUGUUUAAUGGCACACACUCUGCUUUUAUGAGAUUCUGCCCAUGCAAGGGAGACACCCACAUAAUUAGCAGUAUAACCAAUCGGAACAAUAUACAUUCGGGGAAAUUCCCAUCCCUCAGAUAAUCACAUAACAUAAUUAAAACAGAACAGUAAAAAUACAGUUUUUAUACAUGUACUAUAACUUCCAAACUACACAUCCAAUCUGGCACAAAUCAGACAAGGGGUUCAAAAGUUAGCAAAAGUGUCUUUUGGGGCCUGGCUGGCAGCAUGGUUUUCUGGCCCAAACCGGUUUUACAGAGGCCUCUAUCCUGGACAAUGGGGAAAGUAAUCCAAUUAUCCAAGGAUAGAGGCAGACUCCAUUAACCACAUGUUAGCAAAAGACACAAAAAGACACAAAAAUACAUAACUCCUAUUGAACUGAACAGAACCCCCACAUUCAACCUAUCCCCAGAUGGCUUGGAUCUGAGCGCUCAAUAUAUCCAAACAGCGCUCAGAUCCCACAAAUACAGUCAAAUCGCCAUACACACUAGAUCCAUAGUCAUGGGGCAGAAGGCUGGCAAUUAGGCUUCUCCAUAACACAGGGAAGCAGGGCAAUUUGUCAAAUAAAAUAACAGUUACAAAUGGCAGUUUGUAACACCUUUCUUUCCUCAUUCCUCUCUAAAGGAAUGUCCCAAAUAACGCUAUAGUCACCAGAACAACUAGAGCAUGAUAUAGAGGUUCUGGUAUCUAUAGCAUGUCCUGUAGUAUUGGCACUGUAAAUGCUGUGUUUUCAGAGAAAAUGCAGUGUUUACAAUGCUGCAUAGAAACACCUCUUGUGGCUGUCAAUCUGACAGCUUCUAGAGGGACUUCCUGGGUCUGUGCUGUGCAUGGAGAUGUCAGGAUCACCAUUGUGCUUUACACAAUAUUGUGUAUUUGGGUCUGGCUGGGAUCAAACCUGAGUUUCCUGCAUCCCAGUCGGUAUCCUUGCAUUGAGCUCCACGCAUCUUUGUCUGUUUCUGGUUGUUCUUGGUAUCCUGUAGUCUGAGCCUGUACGCCUGGAAUGUGCACACCUGUUCCUGGUUCCUUGAUGAUUGGCUGAGACUCCCUAUUUAAACCCCGCAAGGCUGGUUCUCGUGGUCAGAUAGUGUUUCCUGUUCCUGUUUGGUUUCACUGCUGUUCAUCUGACUCCUGCUUUUGAUCUCCUGCUCGUCUACUGUUUUCGCCUGAUUGCCGCCCGUCCUGACUUCUGAUUCUGAUACUGACUACUCUUCUGGAUAUCCUUUGUCUGUACUGCGUUCCAGGAAGCACUGGUUAUUUCAGCCCCAGUGCACUGUGUCACAGCCUUGGGGAUUUCUGUCCUGAGUCCCCUCGGUCUGUGUCGAUUUGCAAAGGGUGCCUCAACUCUGCGUGCCGGACUCCCACUUCAGGUAAGAUCCUUGACAGUACGAUCUGAACAAAUGGAGUCUGCAGAGUUGAAGAUUACCGUUGCAGCCUUGACCCAGCAAGUUUCCCAGCUCACCCAGGCUUUGCAGGGUUUACAGCAGGAGCUGGCUUCCCUUAAAGGGAGAGUAACCUAUGACUCUGGACUUUCUGAACCGCUGGUUGCUCUACCCGAGAAAUUUUCUGGGAUCCGGUCUAAGUAUGAUACCUUCAAAGUUGAUUGCGAGGUCCUGUUCUCCCUGAGACCACUUACCUAUGCCACAGACGUCAUUAAAGUGAGGACAGCGAUUACCUUAUUGUCGGGGCACCUUAAGAUCUGGGCCCACCAGUUGUUACUCGCCAAAAGCCCAGUCCUAGAUUCCUGGGAGUCCUUUAUUCGGUCCCUGGGUUUACAAUGCAACAAGACACAAAAGUCAUAUGUACAUAGAUCACCUACUGUUGCUUCACACAUAUUGCAACCCGGACUGGAAAUGGACUACACUACUCCUUUCACUCGGACUGAUGUUACAGCUAACCCUACCGCUCCCAAGUCUCCCGAAACAUCGUAUACAUCUGGCAGGGAGGCGGAGGAACCCAUGGAGAUUGGACUGGUUAGGUUCCGUCAGUCAUCUCAAGAAAGGGCAAGAAGGAUGGCGCAUGGACUGUGUUAUUAUUGUGGGGAGAUGGGACAUUUAAUAUCUUUUUGUCCCAUUCGUCCAUCUAGGCCUCGGGUUCUCCGUCUGGGUACUACUCUGGCAUAUCCUAUGAGACCUGUCUGCCAACAUGCUGCCUGUCCUUGCUUGACCACUCUGUCCAAUCCUCAGCCUUCUACAGUCGUUGCUCCUGAGGUUGUGCAGGAAUCUGUUACUAAAGAACAUGAGAUCUCUAUUUCUACUAAAGAUUCUGCUUCUAAGAAGGCAAGCACCACAACCACUACAAGUCCUGUCAAGGAAGACCCUCUUUCUGGCUGUACCUAUGCCUCUAAUGGGACUCUAGUCCGGAAGGAGGACUUGCAAGUAUUUGAAAAGGCCCUACAAGCUAUGACCUCUGCUCCUACUAGUACCACCAAAGCCAAGAAAUCCAAAAGUAACCUCCUGGGUCGUAAGUUGCGUUCCUCUUCUCGCCUACGGCGUCUUUGAAGGGGGGGUAAUGUCAGGAUCACCAUUGUGCUUUACACAAUAUUGUGUAUUUGGGUCUGGCUGGGAUCAAACCUGAGUUUCCUGCAUCCCAGUCGGUAUCCUUGCAUUGAGCUCCACGCAUCUUUGUCUGUUUCUGGUUGUUCUUGGUAUCCUGUAGUCUGAGCCUGUACGCCUGGAAUGUGCACACCUGUUCCUGGUUCCUUGAUGAUUGGCUGAGACUCCCUAUUUAAACCCCGCAAGGCUGGUUCUCGUGGUCAGAUCGUGUUUCCUGUUCCUGUUUGGUUUCACUGCUGUUCAUCUGACUCCUGCUUUUGAUCUCCUGCUCGUCUACUGUUUUCGCCUGAUUGCCGCCCGUCCUGACUUCUGAUUCUGAUACUGACUACUCUUCUGGAUAUCCUUUGUCUGUACUGCGUUCCAGGAAGCACUGGUUAUUUCAGCCCCAGUGCACUGUGUCACAGCCUUGGGGAUUUCUGUCCUGAGUCCCCUCGGUCUGUGUCGAUUUGCAAAGGGUGCCUCAACUCUGCGUGCCGGACUCCCACUUCAGGUAAGAUCCUUGACAGGAGAUGCCGUACGUCCCAAGGAGAUGCCUUGAUUCAAUGCAUCUCUAAGAAGAAGUGCUGAUUUUUACUGGGCUGCUUUUUCCCAUGCAUGCACACUAGCCUCUCAUUGCUUUCCUAAGGGAAAUCAUUUGCUUGGCUGAUAUCAUCAUGAUUGAUGAUGUCAGUCAGAGAGGCAGAGUCAGCCAAGGAGAGAGGUGGGCCACUAUAGCGUUAGAAACACAUGUCUGCAUUCCUUAAUGCUAUACAGCCACAACAUUUAUACAACUGACAGGUUAAGUGGAUAACAUUGAUUAUUUCAUUACAUUGGCAUCUGCCAAGGGGUUGGAUAUAUUAGGCAGCAAGUAAAAAGUCCGCUCUUGAAUUACAUGUGUUGGAAGCAGGAAAAAUGAGCAAAUUGCUGAUUUUUUAUGUACCUCUGCACAAAGCGGCAGACAAUGCUUCCCAAUGCAUGGGCUACACAUCUCAAUCCUUCUUUUUGAGAAGCAUUAUUUUAGCUGGAAGAUCAUCAGUUCUGAUCAACCAUGAAAUAGCGGAACUGAUAUGCAGUGAGAGACACUCUAGCCGCUGGCUGACAUGUGAGCCUUUUAUUACAGAUAUUGUAGGAAAGGGGUUCAAGAGACCAAACAAAAUUCCAGCAUUAUAACUAAAUAUAUUUAUAUAUAACAUAUAUAUAUAUAUAUAUAUAUAUAUAUAUAUAUAUAUAUAUAUAUAUAUAUAUAUAUAUAUAUAUAUAUAUAUAUAUAUAUAUAUAUCUCCAGAAUCUUUUGCGUUAAUGAAGGUCAGGGUUGUUGAGCAUAAAUUCUCCAAGUAUUUUAGAAUAGCCUUUUUUUUGUCCAUCUGCUUUUAUUGAGAGGCAUACAGGCAUUUUGACAGUAUAUAUCAGCAGUAAUAGGAAAAACAAAUAAAUAUAAAACAUAACUGAGACAUGGCUGCUAACAUGCAGCACAGUGUGCUUAUGAGAUAGCGGCCUCAUUUAAAAAAAAGUAAGGAAGUAUAGAAGACAUAAACUUUAUGAACAGACGUUUUAAAAGAAAAAAACAGCUGAAACAUAUUAGACUAUCGUCUAUGGGGGCAUAUCAGCUGUAAUAACGAGCCCCAUUAUAAACUAAAGAAGUGAAAUGCCUAUCGGUACAAAUAAAUAGAGUAGAGAGGGAUAAAGCAGAAAAUAACAUAUGGAACAUCAGCUUGUGGAGCCCAAUUAAAAGGAAAGAAAAAUUGCACUUUGACUGUAUUAGUGCCAGUCAGGCUGGUGGUUUGUCAGCCUUUGAGGAGUACCAUCUCGGCAGGAAAGGAGUGAUCCUGUACAUGGACCAUGAUGGAUGAGUCAUUGCUUGUAAGGAUCCGUUGGCAGUUGUAACCGCAGCUGGUUCCCUUAUUUACUACUAUAACGUCUUAAAGCAUAGUACUUAGCAGGGCUAAACAUACAGAUAUCUUUAUCCAUAAUAUUAUAUAGUUAGUGAGAGAUCCUCUAUUUAAAAUAUAUAAAUAAUUGAGAAUACAACAUAAAAUAAGGAUUGUCUUGGAAGCAAUAAAGUUUUGUCUUUUAGAUAUUUAUUGUAUAAAAAUAUAAAUAUAGACAUAUAAAAUCAAUUACAAUAAUUUAUAGCAGAGUUUAUAAGAUUAAACUACAUGCUUGCAAUAUCUUAAUAGAUUGACAUACCCUCCUGAACAUGUCAUCAUAUCAGCCUCUCUGUCAUUAUAAGAUGGAACAUCUGUCUCCAAAUCUCUCCUCUCUGUGUUAACAUUUAAAAGGUACACAUAUUUAUACCUUACGUGUCUUCAUUUUAGGGUUACCGUAGUUCAUUUAUGAAAAAGUAACACUUCUUUUACUUUAUUCAUUUUAGGACCUCCCUUAACUUGGCAAAAAUACAAGGUCAUAACUAAAACUUAAAGGGGUGCACACAUCAUGGGAAAUUCCCUGACUUAGGACAAGAAGGCAUCUUAAAGUCUGAACAUCUUUAUCUAUUUAGGGUUACAGCAGUAUAUUAUGUACUAAAUGAGUCGUAGCAUAGCCUUGAAGCUUGUUUAUGCAUUAUUAUUAUUGUAUUUCGUCUGGGACAAAAUGGCAUAAACAUAUUAUGCACUUAAAGUAAGUAAAAGGUUAUUGCUUAAAGAAACAUAUAUGGAAAACAAUAUUUUCUAUUUCUAACACCUUGUCAGUCUGCAAUAUCUCUUAAAGACAAAGUACAAAGUUUGAGAAAUAAAACAUUUUCAUUUUGCCCAUAACACAGUCCCAUCUCUUGAAGCAUAAGAAGUGCCCUAAAUGUGUAGGUUUUGCUACCUCUCUCCACCAAGAGCCUGUGAGGGCCCCAUUUAAAUUGUAUUUUGUGCUGCCGGAGCAGUUGAGUUAUCUGUCAGAGAGAUUGCUGCCACAUACACUCUCUGGUUCCUCCCAUAAGACCUAUCAGAGUCUUGCACAAAUUUAAUCAGGAUAUCCCAUCUGGAGAUGCCUUCAGUGGCAUUGGGAGGUGAAAGCAGCAGUCCAGGAGCAUCAUCUUGGCCUGUGUUUGUGGCAACACUGUAGAUAUAAAACUUUUUACAUAAUACAAUAGUUCCAAAUUAGAGCUGGUAUCUGGAACCCCCUGAGCCUUAAAUUUCUGGUCUUGGACCUAUCCUCCUUGCGGUUGGUCAGGUCUGCACAGCAAUUUUGCAGGUUAAUAAUGGCUGCAUCUGAAGCCAUCUGAGCCACAUUCAAACUCCCCAAAUCUUCUUCCACAGCUACUAUUCUGCCAGUUAGAGUUGCCAGCUCCUCCCGCACCACCUUGAUGUCCUCCUGGAACAUAGCGACAAUCUCAUGCAAUAGUGCCUUAAUUUCAACUUUAGUGGAAAGUACUGUAUCCCAAUUUAUAGAUGCCCCCUGUUUUGCCCCUGGUACCUGGGGGAAUGUGGGUAUGGUGUCCUUAUCUGAGGAUUCUAAAGUGUAGGCUGCCUUGGGAGCCAUAUUGGCGGACCCGGGCCUAACAACCUGUUUCAGGAACAUCCGAAUAUCAUGGGGCCCAGAUCAGCCCGGCGUGUUUUUUUUUUUCCUUCUUCCCCAUCCAUACUGGAAUGAACAGGAUUGUAAAUAGAUUUGCAGGUAUGUGAUUUCAGCUUGAAAAACCACAGAGCGAAGCUCCAGCAGCAUACAUCUGUCUUCCUUGGCUGUUGGCUCCACCCCCCAUAAUACCCUUAUUUAACCCUUUAUUUGCUAUACUAGGUUAUUACAAACUCUAAUAUGAAAUGUUCACAAAUAUUUAUAUAAAUAAGUGAUAAGGAUAGCAUUUUCCUUUAAAUUUAAACCAUGUUUUUAUAUCCUAGAAUUCAAUUUCCGGAAGACGAUUGCUUCGCACAAGUUGCUUGCCAUGUUCCUUGGCAUGGCUGGAGUUCUUGCUGCCUUACUGGUUCUCGUCUACUGUAUCUAUAGCAGACAGCACAAGGAGGACAUGUUCUCACAUCACAGACUUUAUGGAGAAGGCUUUGAAGACCCAGGUAUGUUAAGGAACCUAAAGUAUCAUAUGAAAUAGAAAAUUUAUUUCAAUGUCCAAUAAAAAAUGUUUUUAUAAUAAUAAUCUUUUUACAUUUCUACUAUGCUUUUAUUAACUGGCAUAAAGUAUAAUAAUUGUAUUAUACAAUACUUUCCCAUCGGGGAAGUCCUAAUGCGAGCACUGCAUUCGCCACAAAUGCACAUUGAGUUCCCCUGCUGGCUGACAUUGGCUGAGAAGGACCAGAGGCAGAGCCUGAACUAGUGCUGAUAGACAUCGGCGCUGGAAACAGGUAAGUGACAGAAGGCUUUUUUAACCCUUUCUGCACCAUGAUGGUGGGUGCGAGGGAGGGGGCACUUUAGGAAGCUAUAUGCUAGGAAUACAACUUUUAACUAAUGCUGGUUAUGGUUUUAAUGAAGUCUGUAUUUUAUGUGUUUGAAAUUGUUAUUAAUUGUGUUUAUUUUACAUCUCUACAGUACUGCAUCUUGACACUCCGGUGGAUCACUUUGAUUUCUUCUCUUUCAAAGACACAGAAAUAACCCCCACACCAACUCCACUGCACAAACCACAAAAUUCUGUUAUUAAUGAACCUAAACAAGACAAUACAUUUGAUGUACCAAAAGAAACACAUUCCAAUGAUAAUUCACAUCAGAACUUCCAGAUGAGCUCUCUUAACAUUAUGUAAUAUUUGACAUCAAUCAUUCUAUUAUAUUUGCAUUUACUGACUAACUGGUGUAAUGCCCUACCCAAAAAUACAAACAGAUGAAAAUUGGCACUUUUCACAUGCUCUCAUGAAAACCACCUAAAUUUCACCCCCAUUUCUUUAUAGUGGAGGUUUUUAUUUAUGUUGUGAAAUUUUCAUUGCCAAUCAAGUUGAGGAUUUUGAAAAAAAUAAAUAAAUGAGUCCAACAAAGACAACAAAAAAUAUUUGCUGAAGUUUUGCAGGCUUUUCUUUACACAAAGAUUUGAAAAUAUACUGUACGAAGUAAACUGAUUAUACAAAAUAUGUGAAGUAACGCAAGACAACUUUGUUGGCCACAAGGUGGUAGUGCAGCAGAAGGUUUUUACUUCCACUGUUUCUUCAUAGGAAGUGACAAUUCUCCUUAAAAAUCAGACAAAUUUUAUGUGUGUUUUCAGGGAGCUGUAAAAAGACAACUUUCUUCUGUUCCUUAUUUUAGCGACAGAUUCCAUCUAUCCAUUCAUGUUCUGUGUGAUUUGUGAAACUCUGACUAGUUUAAGUAAAUGUUUAUUCUCAGAUUGUAGUAGCAAACUACAGGAAAUUUGCAAGUAUAUUUAGGGAUAUACCCAAAUAACAGACACAGCCACAAGGCAGGAAAAUCAUUUUUUCCUGUCCGUCCUGCUGCGGCCGCAGUCGAUUCUCCUGCGGCCGCUGGCCAGAAGUGCACAUAGAUUUUUUCCUGCGUCAGCCACGGCCCGCUGGUUUUGAACAGUGUAAGGCAUAUGAUGUCAUAUCCACCGGCUGCACGGCAGUCAGUGACAUCCCUUCCCUCAGAUCUGCAGAACGCUAUGCAAGACUGAACUGAGGCUGAGCUCAGCAGCUGGGAGGAGGUUAGCAAGAAUAGGAGAGAGGAGCGGACAGCUUCCUCUCCCUCUACAGCCUAAUUUUCUGUCUGAGAGCCUGAUAAAGGGCAUGGAGAACCCUAUACUGGACAGGGGGUGGGGGGAGGGAUGGGCACAGGGACCCUGGUAGUGAGCAUGGGGGACACAGGACCACAAUACUGGGCAUAGGGGGGCACAGCAACCCUGAAACUGGUCAUGGAGGGGCACAAGGAUCAUGAUAGUGGGCAUAGGGGGUAGGGACCCUGAUACUUGGCAUCAAAGGGGGCACAGGGAUUCCUAUAUUGGCUAUGGGGGUCACAGGGACAAAGGUGUUGAUAAUGAGAAUUGGAGACAAAUGGAGCCCUGACUCUGAGAUGGGGUUACUAGAACUGUGAUAUUGGACAUGGGGGACACAGGGGUUCUUAAAAUGGUGUUUGGGACAAGGACCCUGAUAAUGAGAAGGACCCUGAUAAUGAGAAGGGGUUGCAGGGACUCUGAUGUGAGGUGGGGGUUCAGAGAAACCUAAUACUGGGCAUGGGAGGCACAGGGACUAUGCUAUUUAACAUGGGAAGAGGCACAGACUAUGAUAAUGGGAGAGAGGUAAGGUGUGCUAGAGGAUGACAGGAUCAUUACCUAGUAUCCCUAAGCUGGACAACUGCAGCCCUCCCUGAUCCUAGACAGAAUCCCCCAUUAAGAGAAAGUUCUAAAUGUAGUCUAAUCACCAUAGCAAUAAAUGGACUACUCUUGAGAAUUGCUCCACGUUUACAACUUUCCACCAUAAUUUGCUCUUUAUCUAUAAAGCCAUAUAUGCUUUCAUAUCUGUCUUAUCUAAAAAUAAUGUACUAUUCAAAUGUGCUUUAAAGUGCAUGGUUUUAUCUUUUAUGAACAAGAGAAUAACGCUUUUGUGCUGGUAUAAUGACGCAGUGCGAUGAGGCUGGUAGGAUGACGCAAUUCUAUGGGGCUGGAAUGCAAUUAUUUCCAGGGCUGGUUUUCAUUCCCAGGCUGGCCCUGCAGUAUACAAACACAUAAAGAACAAAACAAAAAAGGCGACAUCUUUAGCUGCACAAAGGACAAUAUCACCACUACGAAACAAAACAACAACCACAAUACAUAACAUCAGCUAUCGCGCUGGAGGGGCGGCGGGAGAAUCAGAGAGGGAGGGGAAGCCAUGAGCUAAAUAUUUCAUCCCAUUCUUUUAUCAUAUUACAAAAAAUUGGAUGAAAAAAAGCAUCAGAGGAAGAGUGCUCCAUAUGAAUUUUCACCGAUAAUACAUAACAAUUUCUUCUUUUUUUUUUCUUUAUAUAAAUAAAAAUGAAAAUAAAAGGGAGGUAGAGAAAAAGUGCUCCAAUUAUAAUUUCUUGAUAAUACAUAACCAUUUUUUCUAUUCAGUAUUAGUGAUGUCGCGAACCGUUCGCGAACUUCCCACGAACGGCUCGCCACGAACCGUUCACGGUGAGCUCCGGUCAGCUG